GCCCGCAGUAUUUCCCGGGCGGCGAGGCGGCAGCGCGUGACUUCCCGGAACCGCACUGGCCGGCGCGGGCCCCUGGGCGCCUGCUCCCGCGGCCGGGCCAUGGCGCGCGCGGGGCUGCUGCGGUUCGCGGCUUUGGUGGCUUUGGCAACCGUGGCAACCGUGGCAACUGGUAUGAUUGUCUGUGAGCCCGAUGAGUAUCUCUCUGAGGACCACUGCUGUAGAUUCUGCCCAGCGGGCCACUUCGUCAGCGGGCUGUGUUCACAGAACCACAGCAUUGGAGAGUGCGAGCCGUGCAGGCCUGGGACGUUCAUGGCCUACCCCAGCGGUGAGGCGUCCUGCUCCCCGUGCAGCCCCUGCAGGCCCGACCAGGAGGUGGUGGCCAACUGCGCUCUGACCAGCAACACCCGGUGCCAGUGCCGGCCGGGCCACUUCUACUGCGACUCUGAGGACUGCGUGGAAAACUGCUUCCGCUGUAGCAGUUCUGCAGAGCGACGUCAGGAGCGAGAGGCGCCCCUCGCUGCCUCUGCUGGCCCCGGUGCCCCAAGGACAAGGUCACCCGCAGGCCGUGCACACCCACCAGGAACACGGAGUGUGCCGACCCCUCAACAGGGUGGUGGCCCCUGGGCUUGCUGGCCAUCCCGAUCGUGCUCAUCUCACUCAUCCUUUGCUACUGCAAAAGCAGAGGGGGCGUCUCCUACAGGCUGGAGUCUCGGGCAGCCGUGCUGGGCAGCCAAGGGCCUCGCCGGCCUCCCGUCCCCCGUCCCGGGUGUACUGCGGUCGCUGGCCAGGAUCUUUAAACGAGAGUCCAGUGAGCCAGGUGGCCAUGCACUCGGGCCCCUGGAGCCCACUGAGGCACUGCUGUCCGCGGAGACCAAGGGCAGCGAGCUGGGCCCUGGGAGGGAAGACGUGCUGCUGGUGAUGGAGGAGGAGACCUCAGCCUCAGCGCCCCGAGCCGGGCCCUGCCCUGCGCCCACAGGCCCUGGGGGGAGCCCCGAGCCGCAGGCAGCAGCGCCUGGCCCUGGGCAGGCACCGCGCCUGGAUCCUGGGGCCCGGAACCAGACUAAGGCGGCAGCCUCCCUGGAGGAGCUGGAGCAGGAGUAUGCAGAGCAGUACGUCCUGACGGACACGUCCGGUCCAGGCAUCUGUAGGUGUUACUACCACUUCGCGUGUGAAGUUCCGGGAGACAGAUGGAACAUGCUUAUGCGGUUUGUCGGGCUCCAGGAAAACGAGAUUGGCAAUUGUGAGGAGGAGAACCCCAGGAACGUGGUGGAGCAGCGCUACAGGAUGCUGGUGCUGUGGCGGGAUAGGCAGGGCAGCCGUGCCACGGUGUUCCGGCUCAUGGCCGCCCUCCAGAAGCUGCAGGCGGACAUGCCUCUGCAGAACAUCCUGAACAAACUGGUGGCUGACGGCAUUCUGGAGAAACGCCACGGCGGAGACACGCCACCCGCAGCCUCGUGACACGAGGCCGUGUUCCCGGGACCUGGGUCCGAGCUCCGCGGCCCCCUCCCCGCGGCAGGCCUUCCUCCGGCUUCCACAGGGACAUCCAUGCCGCUCUGCUUGUGUCCUGCGUGGCCUCCGGGGGCCCCGUGGUCCUCAGAGCACCUGCUGUCCCGUGUGUGUGGUGCUUGCGUGGCCUGGGUAGCUGUGAACACUCGGUACUUCCCACACGCGUGUUCUGGCAUGGCAGGCAGGCCACCACUUGCGUGCCAGCACUGGUGUAGGAGGGCCGGUGUGAGUCUUGGCUGCUCCACGUCCCGUGCCAGGGAGGUGGCAGCCGAUGGCCCCAUUUCCCACUCGGGAGACCUGGCUGGGCCUCAACCACGGUGCCAUUUGGGGAGUGAACUGGCAGGCGGAAGCCCUGUCUGCUGCCUGUCCUGUGCGGGACUGGCCCUGUGCAGUGUGCGUCCCAGAACUCAUCUUCCUAGUUUAUUUAUUUCAAAGAGUUAGUGAGAGCAAGCUUCCACCCACCGGUUCACUGCCAAGUGGUCGUGUUAGGAAGUUAGAAAUCCAGCCUGUGUGUGUGUGUGUGUGUGUGAGAAGCGCCUGAAGAGAGGUCUUCCAUCUGCUGGUUCCCUCCCCCAAUUGACUGCAAUGGCCAGAGCUGCACGAUCCGAAGCCAGGAGCCAGGAGCUUCUUCCGGUUCGCCCAUGUGGGUGCAGGGGCCAUCCUCCACUGCCUUCCCAGACCAUAGCAGAGAGCUGGGUCAGAAGUGGCGCCCAUAUGGGAUACCAGCCCUGCAGGCGGCGGCUUUACCAGCUAUAUCACAGCGCCGGCCCCACAGUUUGCACUUUAAUUCCUGCCCAGGUAGCCCUUCCCCCAAGGAGAGCUCCCAAGAGAACUCUCUCCCAGGAGCAGAUGGGCUACCUGACCUGAUAACUUGAGCAGUGAAACCUCAGGUGUCCGGCUCUGACCACACACCUGGGGAGGAACUUGCUCGUCUCCACCCCGCAGUCCCUGCCAGGCGGGGCCAGGAGGCAGGAGCCGCUUCUCUGAUCCUGCACGUAAGAAAUGCAGGAAAGAUGUGUAGCUUCAAUAAAAUAUAUUUGUCAUA